AUGUCGAAAUCCGAGGUCAACAAUAAGUCCAAGGUGGCACCUUCCACCCAUUUGAUCGCCGGUGGUAUUGCAGGUUUCGCCGAGGCAUGCACUUGUCAUCCUCUGGACACGAUCAAGGUGCGCAUGCAGCUCUCGCGUAGGGGCAAAAAGGCGGGUGAAAAGCCACGGGGCUUUAUCGCCACAGGCGCUCACAUUAUCAAACGUGAGACACCCUUGGGUCUCUACAAGGGUCUUGGAGCCGUUGUGGCUGGUAUUGUUCCCAAGAUGGCGAUCCGAUUCAUGAGUUUCGAGCAGUACAAGACGGCUUUGGCGGACAAGACGACGGGCAAGACGUCGCCACAAGGAGUUUUCCUCGCCGGUCUCGGAGCUGGUACGACAGAAGCCGUGGCUGUGGUCAACCCGAUGGAGGUGGUCAAGAUUCGGCUGCAAGCACAGCAGCACUCACUCGCCGAUCCUCUCGAGGUGCCUCGCUACCGUAACGCCGCACACGCGCUCUACACGAUCAUCCGCGAAGAGGGGUUCAUGACGCUGUACCGUGGUGUAGCGCUCACCGCCGCACGACAGGCUACCAAUCAGGCCGCUAACUUCACCGCCUACCAGGAGCUCAAGGGCGCUGCGCAGCGCUUCCACGGCACCACCGAGCUGCCUUCGUACGAGACGGCGGUGAUUGGUCUGAUCUCGGGUGCUCUGGGACCCUUCUCAAACGCGCCCAUUGACACGAUCAAGACGCGUAUCCAGCGAGCGUCCAAGGUGGAAGGCGAGACCGCCAUUAGCCGUGUGGUCAAGGUGGCCAAGGACAUGUUUGCACAGGAAGGUGCGAGCGCGUUCUGGAAGGGUAUCACUCCUCGUGUAGCACGUGUGGCGCCCGGUCAGGCGGUGGUGUUCACCAUUUACGAAAAGGUCAAGGGCUACAUUGAGGCAGCCAAGACGGGCGACUUUAGCCUUACCGACACUCGAUCCGACGAGUGA